GCUUAGGAGGAGCCAAGCGCUGUCCGCUCGACCGAAGACGGAAAGGGACUCAAUUGUUGCGACCCUGAGUAACCUAAUAUUUGUAGAAAAGCUUAAACGCGAAAACUCAACUUUGCGCAUAGAAAAGUUCCUGGAUUAGGGCAGAAUUAACACAAAGCAGCGACGCCACUCCAGCUCCACUCCCAACAACAGAGGCGAGGCAGAGGAGGACUGUGACACGGCCGGCUCAAGACACUCAAGUGCUCCGCAACAUCUCCCAGAAGUCCACAGUGCACAGACAGGCGGCACCAUCCUCCUCACCACCGGCACAGACAACCAGGAUCUGUGGUGACCAGGUCCUGAAGGAUGGAACAGAAGCAAUGUCCUGGGAUACUGAAUGGAGCGGUUCCCGGCGAGCCAGUGAAGAAAGAUGAAAACUCCCGCAGGGGCAACUGGGGAAACCAGAUUGAGUUUGUGCUCACCAGCGUGGGCUAUGCUGUAGGCCUGGGUAACGUCUGGAGGUUUCCAUACCUCUGCUAUAGAAAUGGAGGAGGUGCCUUCAUGCUGCCAUAUUUUAUCAUGCUUGUUUUUUGUGGCAUCCCUCUUUUCUUCCUGGAGCUCUCCUUUGGUCAGUUUGCCAGUCUGGGAUGCUUGGGUGUCUGGAAAAUAAGCCCCAUGUUCAAAGGUGUGGGUUAUGGCAUGAUGGUAGUGUCCACCUACAUUGGGAUUUAUUACAACGUGGUCAUCUGUAUUGCCUUCUACUACUUUUUUAUGUCUAUGACAAACUUGCUACCAUGGACUUACUGCAAUAAUCCCUGGAACACACCAGACUGUUCUGGUGUCGUAGACUCCAGCUCCUAUGUUAAUUCCAGCUUGGCUAAUGCUACUAGCAGCCUGCUAACAGCAGUGAACCGCACAAAGAGAACCAGCCCCAGUGAGGAGUACUGGAAGCAUUAUGUAUUGAACAUUUCCGAUGACAUUGGGAACUUUGGUGAGGUGCGCCUCCCCAUCCUGGGCUGCCUGGCUGUGUCCUGGUUUGUGGUCUUCCUCUGCCUCAUCAGGGGAGUCAAAUCAUCUGGAAAGGUUGUAUACUUUACUGCAACCUUUCCCUAUGUGGUUCUGACCAUCCUCUUCAUUCGAGGCAUUACUUUGGAAGGAGCCUUCAACGGCAUCAAAUACUACCUGACCCCUCAGUGGCAGAAAGUCUUGGAUGCCAAGGUUUGGGGAGAUGCUGCAUCUCAGAUUUUUUACUCACUCGGCUGUGCCUGGGGUGGCCUGAUAACCAUGGCAUCCUAUAACAAGUUCCACAAUAACUGUUUCAGAGACAGCAUCAUCAUCAGUGUUACCAACUGUGCCACUAGUGUGUAUGCUGGUUUUGUCAUCUUCUCCAUCUUGGGCUUUAUGGCUCACCACCUGAAUGUCCCUGUGUCAGAAGUGGCCGACCAUGGCCCAGGUCUGGCCUUUGUGGCUUACCCAGAAGCCCUCACUCUGCUGCCCAUUUCUCCUCUAUGGUCACUGCUCUUCUUUUUCAUGCUUAUCCUUCUUGGACUCGGAACACAGUUCUGCCUCUUAGAAACCCUGGUGACGGCCAUUGUGGAUGAGAUUGGGACAGACUGGAUCAUCAGGAACAAGACUGUGGUCACUCUGUCAGUGGCCAUCCUUGGCUUUUUAUUAGGAGUGCCUCUGACAACACAGGCGGGAAUCUACUGGCUGCUGCUCAUGGACAACUAUGCUGCUAGUUUUUCCUUGGUCAUAAUCUCCUGUAUUAUGUGCAUUUGCGUCAUGUACAUUUACGGUCACAGGAACUACUUUAAAGAUGUCGAGAUGAUGCUGGGCUUCCCUCCUCCACUGUUCUUCAGGAUCUGCUGGAGAUUCAUUUCUCCUGUCAUUAUUAGUUUCAUCCUGAUAUUCACCGUGAUCCAGUACAAACCUAUAACCUACAACGACUACGUGUAUCCAGGCUGGUCUUUGGCCAUUGGUUUUUGCAUGGCCUUGUCCUCUGUGAUUUGCAUACCCAUCUAUGCCCUCUACAAGAUUUCCAGAUCUCCAGGAGCUACCUUCAAAGAGCGAUUAAGGUAUGCCUGCCGUGCACAUCCAAAGUGGGGCCCAGCACUCCAAGAGCACCGGACAGGCCGCUAUGCACCCAUGGCCACAGCCCCUGAAGACACAGUGGAGGCACGCCCUCUGAAGGAAAAGGAGGAGCUCAAAGAGGAGCCUAAGGAGGAGAAGAAGGAGGAGAUCAGUCUCACCAUUCAGGGAAGCAACGGCUCCACCAACACACACAACAGCCCCAACCCCAGUGCAUAGACGCCAUGUGCCAUCAGCCCAACGCCAGCUCCUCGCUCGCCUGCCCCCUGCCCGACCCAUCCAAGCCACUUUCCCACAAGCCUUUGUGGGGGAGAUCCCAUUUGCUGGAGACCUUUACAUAUUGUAAAGGCUUAUUAUAUCUAUCCUAACCAUCUAUCUAUCUGUGUGUCGUCUGUAGAGUCAAGUUUUAAAAAAGGAAGAAAAAAUUGGAUCAACUUCCAAAAUGAAUUGUGUGUUUGUGUGUUUUGUGAGUGAGCAUGAGUGAGUUUUUAAUUUGUUCCACAUAAUUUAAUAAUGCAGUUUUGUUUCUAUUUUUCUGUCAAACUUGUGCAUGUACAUGUCAUCUUUAUGCAGUCAGUGUAGGGUGGAGCGUUGCUGCAUGCAUAUUCUUUGACAUAGAGACAGCUCACUUGUGUUUGCCGUGUGCCGUGUGUGUGGCGUGUGACAUAGUGGUGCGUUAUCAGGCAGAACGGAUUGACAAGAGCCUGCACUGGCUGUACUUGUGCACAUUGAUGAGCAGGAAGAUGAAAUGGAGAAACACAGUUACUCUUGUUCAUAUUCAAACUAUUAUACAUUUUUACAGCACAUGGUGACCUCAAAUUUAGUUUCCAACUAAAUCUUAAGUGUGUUGUUUUUUGCUGCUGCCUCUUCAGUAAAUGUAUUAAAUUAAGAGCACAUGUUUAACUAACCAGACACGGAGUGGUAUGAUGCUUAGUGGGAGGUACUUCCACAAUUUAACUAAAGCUGCUUCAACUGAUGACUUCAGAUAUUUCAAAUCAUCUGCUUUUGAAUUUAACAAUAGUACUCUAAAGUAAGCCAAUCAUGACAGGACAUCACAGCCAAUUUCUCAGGGUCCACAUGAACUGUUUUUUCACCUGUGGAAACCUUGUCCUGUUUUAAGUCAUGUAUUAUAUUUUAGGGAACAAAAACAUUGCAAAGAAACAUUCAAAUUGAUCAUGUAUUUUUAAUCAAAAUCGUGUUCCUUUAUAGAACUGUUUUAGACACUUAACUGUUCUUCUGUCAUUCUUGGUGGUCUAGUAAACUAUUUCUUUAGCCAAAGCUGCCCUGGGCAGACUGACGGAAGUGUAACUGCGAUUCUUUCCCACCUGCAGCCACAGUCACAUUUGUAUAUGUUAAGCAUGGUGCGUGAAAUGUGAAAUUUAAGGGCACAAAAGCAGUAUGCAUCACCAGUGGUGAUGAUCUAACCAGUGUUGGAUUAGAGGCUGCUUCUCUACCUAUACUGCAGUCGUCAACUUUAGUUUACUUACUAAACUCGAUUUAAAGUCUUCCAAUAUUUGUUUCAAUCAAAUGUGUUGAAGAGAACAGGAGAUGAGAGGCGCCGUGUGUGUUUUGCUGUUGUUGUUUAAGGUACAGGUCAUAGGUCAUGUUAAAGGGACACAUUUUUGCUUACAUCAUCUUAUGUCAACUGUAGCUAACACUGGGCCAUAUGCAAGAGUACACAAAUGGCAUCAAUACCUGCCUUCUGCCUAUGUGCAGUCCCAGUCUUCCUUUUCAUGGUUUCAUGAGAUGAUGAAGUAAAAGCAUUUUAUGAUGCUUUAGUUGCUUGUUGAAGAUUGCACAGCCAUAACUUGUAAUACAGUUUCUUAUGUGCAGAGCAAAACUGUGGCCCUUUGGGACAUGUGACCAAAUCAGUAGUUUAUAUUACCUGAGUACUGUACAUGUUUUACUAAAAAGCGUAAAUGUUUGGUCUACAGAGACUGAUCCAGUCUCCUACAGUCAGAACCUUUAAAGUAGAACCCAAUGUGGGUUGUCAACAGCAACAUCACCGAACGCGUGAAUAUCGAAUAACUUUGAAUAUAGGUUUAUUGUUUACUAUAAUAAUGUCUCAGUAGUCUCUCUUGCAACUAACUUAGUGAAUGAUCAUAAAAGUUUAUUUUGUAAGAAAAUAAAAUCACACAAAAAAUGUUCACCAUUUAUUUCCGGUGACACCAUUUGUUGUUUUCUUGGUGGUUGGUGUGGCUACUUCUGUAGGGAGAAGCUGGUGGGGCUUAGCACAGAAUAACUGAGUGCUCACUCACAGCAGGCCAAUCACUGUGUGUCUCUGAUCUGAAGGAGCUGUUUGUAGUAAUGCUCGGGGAGAUGUUUGCUCAUGUGGGGAGCUGAUGCCUGUAGAAGCUGGCUUCCAUGCUGUACCAUGCUUCCUGUUGUGGUCAAAUGUGGGUUGGCAUUUUAGUUUUUAUGAACAUGAAACUAUCUGUACAAAAUUAGUAUUCAGUUUGUUGACGCAUUGACAGUAUUGGCCAGAACUAAACUGUGCAGUUUCUUUGUCAGACUACAAGAGACCCCCUGCUAACUCUCAGGGCAGUUAAGCAACAAUCAGUUUGCAGUGCGAGCUAAAUAUUUUAAAUCUGGAAUAAAUAACGAAAAGCUACAAAAUACAAAUAAGCACAAGAGUUUAUAAUGCAACAAUAAUAAAACAACAAGUUAGUUAAUAAGUUAGUAAGCAUUCCAAAACACGGCAACCGUAUCUGGCAAACUGCAGCAUCUAUGCCUCCUCUUUAGUGUCCACUGCAUCUGAGUACAAUGGUUUCUAACAUACUUGCAUUUAGAGCAUUACAGUGUUUUGUGAUGAGAGCUUGAGUGCGUCCAGUUUACCUAUGUGUUGCUGCUGUAGUAAGUGGAUUUUAACGUUGUGCAGUCAUGGUAUGUCUUAUUAUCUCACCUUUACAGUUGUGGCUGCCCUUUGUACAGUAAUGUAAAAAAUAUAUAUAUUCAGACUGUAUGUUGCUGUGUACUUUUCUUUUUGGAGUUGAAGAGGAUGACCCAAAGGAGGUGCCAGAGUGUUGUUUUAUUUUUGACUUUUAUUUUCAUUUGUGCUUCAUGUAGUGUAACCUAGAUGUCUUGUACUAUGCGAUCACUGUGAAGUAGUUUAGCUGUGUAGCCUGCUUGUAGUGCAGGCGUAGAGUCAGUAUUGAUGUCAAUGUAUCUAAUAAUGCCAGGAACUAGAGAAGUUGUAUUCUACUAACAUGUUCAGUGUAUUUUGUACUAAAGGGGAGAAAGUACAUAUUUUAUCUUUAGAUUUUAAUUGUUCAUCCAUGUUUAGGACACUACGUUUGGUUGCUGUUUUAUUUUUUUUUCCUUUUUAAAGCUAUAUCAAAAGUAAAAAGACAAAGCCAGUUGAUAUAAAAGGCAUUGCCAAACACUUGGAUGAAAACUUGAACUACAAAAAUGGGAUGUUUUUACUGUGAACUCCCAGUGGACAGAAGUACAGAUACAUGACAAAGUUUUGAUGCUGUUGCCUCACAAUUGUACAGUUGUCUGACUUGUGAUGAAACAGAUGGAUAUGUCAAAAGAAAACACCAAAUGACUGCUACCAGGUUUACUCAAUCAUUUCUCCAUUCACAUGUGUUAUUGCAUCGAUGUUCAUUUUGUCUAAAUGUACUUCUGUGAUAGAGGUGCACCACUCAAAACUGUCCCCUGGUUAAAGGUGAACUACGCAACAUUUCUGGUGGGGUGGUUGCUGCCUGCCUUUCUCCAUGGAGAUGUUAUUGCUUUUUCAGUAGUGUUCAACAAUUUGGCAUUAAACAUAUCAAUCAAUUUUUAUUCAGUUACAAGUGUUUCUAUUGUCUGGUGGCAUCACCAGCUUGCAUCAUUGAGAUACAUCAUUUUAAUGCUAUACUGUGGGACAUUCCAACCAAGGCACAUGAACAAGGUGGUGGGGCCCCCUUCAGAAAAGUUACAUAGUGCACAUUUAAAGCUCUGAUACGUUGCUCAAGAAUGUGUUAGCAUUUGCUAACAGGCCGCUUCACUAAAUGCUUAUAGCUUGCUUGUUGUUGAAUUACGCAGUCUGCACUGAUGUUUCAAAGCACAACCGUUAACACUGUACUUAUAAACUGUGACUUGACCUGAUUCUCCACAAGCUACCAAACAUUACCUCUUCUUAUAUUGUUAGUAUGGCUCAUGUAGCACAAUUCUCAUCCUCAGCACUUUAAUCAUGUUAGAUUUACAGCCGAUAUGGAAAUACACUUGUACAAUGAAAUGACUGAAUUUCUUUUUCAGUUGUGUUGCUGAUUUAAGCGCUCAACAAACACUGUGAUGUUCCUAUGCCACUGUAAAUUGUUUAGGCAGAGAAAAAGCACAAAUGAAAGAGAGAAUGCAAUGAUUCUAUCAUAUCUGUAUCUAACACGUCUGUUCUUCAACCUUUAGGGCCAAAAUCCAUUGAAAUGUCUUAGUCCUGUCAUGUAUAUCGUAAACUGUUGAAUUACAAAAUGAUAAAUAAAAUGUAUUUUAAAGAUCA